AUGACCUAUCAUCGUUCUAGAUCUCAGAACCGUCCACCGUCUCCAUCAAUGGCGAAACUUCACUCCAAACUCUCUCGAAUUGUUUAUCGCCAUGAUCAACUCAAGCUCUCAUUCACUCACCUAAAAUCUCAGAUCAAAAACGGUUUGCUCGAGGCAGAAGACGUUUUCAGUUCGUUAGCUGUUCCAUUGAUGAAACUCGUCGGUUUGAAAAGCGCUGAAAUGGCUGAAGAAGGAAGAUCAAGCACCAUUAUGAAGAUCAGCUUACAUACUCAAGGAACUUGUGAAGACAUGAUUAGAGUUGACACGCAGAAGGUAUUGUCAACUGGCGAGAGGGAAAACACAAUUCAUAGACUGGAGGAAGACUAUACAAAUAGCGUGAUGACUGCAGGCAAAGAGAUUAUCCAGAAACAGAAAUUGCAGCUGACCCAACUGCUGCAGCUUCUGAAACAAGUAGAGAGUUGUGUUAAUUCUAGUCAGAAAAGCAUGUUUCAGACAAUUGAUGACCACAAGGACAAUAUCAACACAUUUAUCAAAAAAGCUGCCAAUUAUAUAUCCGCAAUUCAACAGUCAAGCCAUGAUGGUAGGGCCUUCACCAUCACACUUAAGCUCCUGAAAGCUAUAUAUGAACAUGUCUGUGCAGUCCUCAGCUCAAUUGAGGGUGGGGUGGACAAUCUGGUCAACAAAUUAACUGAGCAAAUGGGUAAGCCAAUGAUUGAGUAUGUCAAAAGCUUUAAGGCUGAAAUGACAACAGGCACAUGUCAUCGUCUAUUGGUUGCAUUGGAGGAUAUGAGAGAAGUGGCAAGGGACAGAAGGGUAGAAUUGGCACAAGCAAGGAAAAAGGUCAGAACAGCAGAAGAAAGGACACUUCAAGCAUUAAGCAAGUUGAGAGAAUCAGAAGAAAGAAUGAAGAGAAUGAGACAGAUUAAUAAAAGACAUGAGUCUUCUCGGCAUUAUCCCAUGCACAAAUUAUUAGCACAACAGAAUGAGCAAACUAAAGAUGACAAGUUGCUGUGGGAACUACUUAAAAUGAAACAAAAAUGCCAACAACCUGAGAGUCCAUUUGGAGCACAAGAGCUUCAUCCGGUUGGAAUCAAUACCAAACACCACCGUAAGUCAACAAUGGUCAACAACCCAUCCAUCACUUCUACAUCUACACAAUCUUACACUAAAUCAAAAGUGCUCCCAAUCUCAUUGGAAUUGGGUCUGGGUGGAUCGCCUUCAGUAACAACAAAACAAGCCUGAUCACGCGAACAUGUUGCUCACUGAAUUCGCACAUAAAAAAGGUUAGUGUAUAAAAGGGAAAGUGAUGAGUAAUUUUUGUUUCUGGCGAUAUUAGGUCUUCAAAUCAUAGUUCCUCAGGAAUCCAAAGACAUGGUGGGUGAUGGCAGUGCAAUAGACCGACGAUGUCAAGGGCACAUGUGAUUUUGCAUCGAUUUUCCAGUAGGAUAAGGUUUAGAAGUGUAAGAGCGAUGAUCUUGUCGACGAAAAUGGAUCCUCAAAUCACCGAUGGUUUCAGGGUGGGCGGUGGUGGGGCAAAAGACUGUUGAUCUCUUUUGUGGUUGUCUAGUGUUUACGAAACAAGUGUAGCAUCGGACCAAUGGUUUUCAGCUCAACAGUUGUGGUGUAUCUGUGGUUUUCGAUAAUAUGUGGGAGGGACGAGAGUGACAGUAAGGCGAUUAUAGAGUUUGGGAUAUGGAUGUUGGGGCCCACAUAUAUUAUUCAACAAUUUUUAGUAAGUUAAUAAUAUUAAUAAAAGCAUUUAAACUAAAAAA